CUGCAGGUCAACAGCUGUGCUGAGCGCUCAUUUGUUUAGAAAAUUUCUCUCGCUGAAAACACAAACAGGUGCCGUAAAUUUAUGCAAGUAUUAACGUAUUGUGCAUUUGUUUAACACACAAAGCGUUAUUAAUCAGUGCAACCGUUGUGCUCACUUCGUUAACAUAAUGCGUCCAUUCUCUGGAGAGGAAUGCGUCAAGCCCGUCACCGGGUGCAUUAAUCGCGCCUUUGGCAACAAGGAGCCCUGGCAGGUGGCCGCAAUCACAGCAACAACUGUCUUGGGCGGCGUUUGGAUCUGGACGGAGUUAACCAAGGAUGAAAGUCUUUACGUGCGCGGCAAGCGUCAGUUCUUUAAGCUGGCCAAGAAGCUGCCUCCCGUUCGUCGUCAGAUUGAGGCCGAAUUGGAUAAAGCGAAUAACGACUUCGAGUCGGAUAUUAAGAAGAGCAACCAGCAUCUGACAUACUCCUUGCGUCUGCCCGAGAAAGGUCUGAGCAACGAGCAGAUCUUGGGACUAGUCGACGAUCAUCUCAAGAAUGGUCACUACAGUUGGCGAGAUGGACAAGUCUCGGGCGCUGUAUACGGUUACAAGCCGGAGCUGGUAGAGCUUGUCACAGAGGUUUAUGGCAAGGCCUCGUAUACGAAUCCACUGCAUGCUGAUCUAUUCCCCGGCGUAUGCAAAAUGGAGGCUGAGGUGGUGCGCAUGGCCUGCACUCUGUUCCAUGGCAACAACGACUCUUGCGGCACUAUGACAACCGGAGGUACCGAGUCCAUUUGCAUGGCAAUGAAGGCCUACCGGGACUAUGCUCGCGAGCACAAGGGAAUCACCAAGCCCAACAUUGUUGUACCACGCACAGUGCAUGCAGCCUUCGAUAAGGGCGGUCAGUACUUCAAUAUACACGUUCGCUACGUCGAUGUCGAUCCCGAGACCUACGAGGUGGACAUGAAGAAGUUCAAGCGUGCCAUCAAUAGUAAUACCAUUCUGCUGGUGGGCUCUGCACCCAAUUUCCCGUAUGGCACUAUGGAUGACAUCCAAGCUAUUGCUGCAUUGGGUGUCAAGUAUGAUAUUCCUGUGCAUGUGGAUGCUUGUCUGGGCAGCUUUGUUGUCGCUCUAGUGCAUCAUGCUGGUUAUCAGGUGCGUCCCUUUGACUUUGCUGUUAAGGGCGUCACGAGUAUCUCUGCGGAUACGCAUAAAUAUGGCUUUGCACCGAAAGGCUCUUCGGUCAUAAUGUACUCGCAGAAGAAGUUCAAGGAUCAUCAGUUUACGGUCACAACUGAUUGGCCUGGUGGCGUUUACGGCUCACCAACCGUGAAUGGAUCCCGUGCUGGCGGUAUAAUUGCUGCCUGCUGGGCUACAAUGAUGAGUUUCGGCUAUGAAGGAUAUCUGGAGGCAACUAAACGCAUUAUCGACACAGCGCGCUAUAUCGAACGAGGCGCACGCCAAAUCGAUGGUCUCUUUAUCUUUGGCAAGCCAGCGACUUCAGUUAUUGCCUUCGGCUCAAAUGUGUUUGAUAUUUUCCGUCUUUCGGAUGCGCUCUGCAAACUGGGCUGGAGUCUAAACCCCUUGCAGUUCCCCUCUGGUAUUCACAUCUGCAUUACGGAUAUGCACACCCAACCUGGAGUAGCGGAUAAAUUCCUGAACGAUCUGCGUUCUUGCACUGCUGAAAUUAUGAAGGAUCCUGGACAGCCUGUGGUUGGCAAGUUCGCUCUUUAUGGCAUGGCCCAGAGUAUACCCGAUCGAUCGGUUAUUGGCGAAGUGACUCGUCUGUUCCUGCAUUCCAUGUACUAUACACCUCAAAAGUGAAUAACGUUCAUCGAAUGAUUCGCUAUAACGGCAAUAUAAACCACCAUUCAGGGAACUGCAUUCCUGAUGCAAUAUUCCAUCCCACGUAAACCGAAACCUUUUUAAUGUUAUUGUUCCCACUCUGAGUAUAUAUGUAUAUCAUGUUUUAUUGUCGCAUUUAUAGAAUUUUAUUAGUGAUUGUAAAUGAAAUUUAUUGAGAUCAAUCUACAUGUUAUAUAUUUGUCUAAAAAACUAAUUUAUGUCAAUUGUGAAGUGCUUAUAUUGUAUA